AUGCCGGGGAUAGUGGAGCUUCCCACUCUGGAGGAUCUGAAAGUGGAGGAGGUGAAAGUCAGUUCAGCUGUUCUUAAAGCCGCGGCCCAUCACUAUGGCGCUCAGUGCGACAAACCCAACAAGGAGUUCAUGCUGUGCCGCUGGGAAGAGAAAGACCCGCGGCGGUGUUUAGAGGAAGGCAAGCUUGUCAACAAGUGUGCUCUGGAGUUCUUCAGGCAGAUAAAGCGUCACUGUGCAGAACCUUUUACAGAAUACUGGACCUGCAUUGAUUAUAGCGGCCAGCAGCUAUUCCGUCACUGUCGCAAACAGCAGGCAAAGUUUGACAAGUGUGUGCUGGACAAGCUGGGCUGGGUGCGACCUGACCUGGGAGAGCUGUCCAAGGUCACCAAGGUGAAAACAGAUCGACCUUUACCGGAGAAUCCCUAUCACUCAAGAUCGAGACCAGAGCCCAACCCUCCGAUAGAAGGAGACCUGAAGCCUGCCAAAUAUGGCAGCCGCUUUUAUUUCUGGACCAUGUAA